AUGUCAAAAUUCAGCCUACGACUGCUUGGCUCCAGGCACAUCCUCAAGCUCACCAACCGUGAUUUUACUGAAGGAGGGUAUGGGUGGAAAUCGGAGUGCAAUGGCGAGUACCACCAGCGGGCGGAGCGAGUGGUGGCGCUGUUGACUGGGUGGUACAAUGGGGAAUCAAUGUGUGUGAAGAUGGUGCUGGUUUUGAGUGGAAAUGGGAGGAAAGUGAGGGCUAAGGUGGUGGAUGAGUGUGACUCGCUGGGAGGUUGUGAUGAGAUGCAUGGUGGUCAACCACCUUGUGGGAAUAAUGUAGUUGCUGGUUCAGAUGCUGUGUGGAAUGGUUUAGUGUUGGACAAGGGCUUGGGUGUGGUUGAUGUUGCUUGGUCCAUGGCAUGA